AUGUUUCAAAGUAUCACAUCAAUAGAAGAUUAUCAAUCAACACUCAAGCAUACUCAUCAAUUCGAUCUUUCUUCAACAUUUAUCUAUUCUCUUGCUCAAGCUGGUACAAUCAAUGUUAAUACAAUACAUCAUAGUUUAACUGGUGGUCGACCAUUUUGUUUUGUUUUCACCGGUCCAUAUGUACAAAUGUCUUCUACUGGGGAAAAAGAAAAUUUAUGGUUAGAUGAUAAAACUUUAUUUACACGGAUAUUUGCUACAGAGAGUUGGGAAUCAUGUACUCGAUGGAUAAAAAGGUAA